CGAUGCCGGAAGUCGGAAGUCGGAGCCGGGGCCGGCCGCCGGGGCCUGUGGGAGUUGCUUGCUGGGAGGGUCCCUGAAUGCAGGGCUCUCUGGGGCGAGCCCCGAUGCCGAGCCCGCGACUUCUGGUGCUCUUCGGCAGCCAGACAGGCACAGCCCAGGAUGUAUCGGAGAGGCUGGGCCGCGAGGCUCGGCGCCGGCGGCUCGGCUGCCGGGUGCAGGCCCUGGACUCCUACCCGGUGGUGAGGGCUCCCUGGGCCUCGGAGGGGAGACCGAGCAGACCCGGGCCGCCGGCCCUUAAAGUCCUCGACCUCAGGGAGCCGCGUUUUGUCUGAGAGCAGGCCCUUCCAUUACGGCGGAUUUAGGGGACGGGGAAGGUGGGAACAGCGGACAGCGUAGCACAUGGAGGAGGGGGCAAGGUGAAUCUGAUUAAUGAGCCCCUGGUGAUAUUUGUUUGUGCAACUACAGGCCAAGGAGACCCCCCUGACAACAUGAAGAACUUCUGGAGGUUCAUCUUCCGGAGGAGCCUGCCGGCGGCCUCCCUCUGCCACAUGGACUUCGCCGUCCUGGGCCUCGGGGACUCCUCUUAUGCCAGGUUCAACUUUGUGGCCAAGAAACUGUACCGACGGCUGCUGCAGCUCGGAGGCAGCGCCCUCCUGCCUGUCUGCCUGGGCGAUGACCAGCAUGAGCUGGGGCCGGAUGCCACCAUCGACCCCUGGCUGCACAACCUGUGGGAGAAGGUGCUGGGGCCAUACCCUGUGCCCCUUGACCCACCUGGAGUCCCCUGGCCCUCCAAGUUCACCCUGCAGUUCCUUCAGGAGGCCCCCAGGACUUGCUCUGAGGAGCUGCGUGUGGCCAGGACAGACCCUCAGGGACCCCCUUCAGAGCUACAGCCGUUCCUGGCACCCAUGGUCGCCAACCAGAGGGUCACAGGACCCUCGCACUUCCAGGAUGUUCGGCUGAUCGAGUUCGACAUCGCAGGCUCUGGGCUCAGCUUUGCGGCCGGGGACGUGGUGCUGAUCCAACCUGAGAACGCGGCCAGCCACAUCCGGCAGUUCUGCCAGGUGCUGGGCCUGGAACCUGACCAGCACUUCACUCUGCAGCCCCGGGAGCCAGAUGUCCCCUGCCCCAAGUGGCUGCCCCAGCCCUGCUCCGUGCAGUGCCUCGUGUCCCGGUACUUGGACAUCACCAGCGUGCCCCGCCGCUCCUUCUUUGAGCUCCUGGCCUGUCUGUCCCCCCACGAGCGGGAGCGGGAGAAGCUGCUAGAGUUCAGCUCUGCCCAAGGCCACGAGGAGCUGCACAGCUACUGCACCCGGCCCCGCAGGAACAUCCUCGAGGUGCUGUGCGACUUCCCACACACGGCUGGCGCCAUCCCCCCAGACUACCUGUUGGACCUCAUCCCCCCAAUCCGGCCACGGGCCUUCUCUGUUGCCUCCUCUCAGCUGGCUCACCCCUCGAGGCUGCAGAUCCUCGUGGCCGUGGUGCAGUACCAGACACGCCUCAAGGAGCCCCGCCGGGGCCUCUGCUCCUCCUGGCUGGCAUCCCUGGACCCUGGGCAAGGACCUGUCCGGGUGCCCCUGUGGGUGCAGCCUGGAGGCCUGACGUUCCCGCAGACGCCAGACAUACCUGUGAUCAUGGUAGGGCCUGGCACUGGUGUGGCCCCCUUCCGAGCUGCCAUCCAGGAGCGUGUGGCCCGGGGUCAGACUGGAAACAUCUUGUUUUUUGGCUGCCGCCGGCGGGACCAAGACUUCUACUGGGAGGCCGAGUGGAAGGAGCUGGAGAAGCAGGGCUGCCUGACUCUUGUCACAGCCUUCUCCCGGGAGCAGGAGCAGAAGGUGUACGUGCAGCACCGGCUCCGGGAGCUGGGGCCGCUGGUGUGGGAGCUACUGGACCGCCAGGGGGCCCACUUCUACCUGGCUGGCAACGCCAAGUACAUGCCGGCAGAUGUGUCAGACGCCCUGAUGUCCAUCAUCCAGGAGGAGGGCGGACUCUCUGGCCCUGACACGGCCGCCUACCUGGCCCGGCUCCAGCGGACACUGCGUUUCCAGAUGGAGACGUGGGCCUGAGGAGUCGUCCUGCUGGCCGUGGCCACUCCCGCCACUGGUCUCAGGGGGGCCCCGUCUGAUCCCAGCCGGAGGACUGUCAGCUCUUCUGCACAGACCACCUGCACUACAGCUGACUCAGCUCCCACCCUCACCCUGACCCUGCUACCUGUCCACCACCCAGCCUACCCCUACUCCAUGGCUCCAAGUCUGCCCCUCCCCUACUUCUAGGGUUCCUGGGUCCUGGUCAGGUUGGCGCCCUGGGCUGCACCACCCCACCCAGAGCUUAGGACCUGAGCGGCCAGAGGAGGCCCCCAGCAGCACACCCCUUCGUCGCCCUGUUCCAGGACAGACCCCACAAUAAAUGAUGGCCUCUGGGUGGCUGCUUCCCA